AGAUGAGCAGGAUUCACCGAAGAGAAUGACGACCCCUGACUUGGGUGUUCAUUGACGACCACGACGACCACCGACCUGGUGUUCACCGACGACCGUCGCUGACCACCGUCCAUCUCUGUUCGAAAUCUCCAUGGCGAAUGUCCUCAAGUAAAAUACUACGUUCAUUCAAAUAAAAGAGGGAGAUGGGAGAUCAAGUGAGCUUGUUUGGCUUAACCUUAGUCUCACCAUUGUUGCCCUCCACAGCCCCAUUAAAUUCCAUAAUGAAGGAGAUGCUUAAGUGUUGUGGCAGUUAAAGGAAUAUGGUGAGUCCUGAUUGGUGACAACUAAGUGACCGAACCAUUUGCAUCUUGAAUAACCGUGCCCUUUUGAACCCUAUAACUGCUAACCAAAACCCUAGACAUUCUAGAAACCAAAGGAACGAACAAUGUUUCUCAAUCAACGUAAUCCUAUAAAUCUCAGAAAUUUACUGUUCUCAUCUUCUAAAUUAUCUAUUUUUACCUUCCUAUACCAACAACAACCUGCUUAUAUAUACAUCCAGAAGUGCAACUAUGUAGAUGUGUACAUGAAAUGGAAGAAAGACUCGUAUUAUGACUCAAUCGAGUCUAUCUACAAGUCCAUUGAACUCAAACCCUUAAUUGCUGUCAAGAAUUGCAUCGCUGCUGCACCCGAUGGAUGCAUCCCCAUCUCCGCUGUAUCAAAGAGAGGUAAAGAAUUGGGGGUACCUAUUAAGGUUGCUAGGUUCCUGAGGCAAUACCCAUCUGUUUUUGAGGAGUUUGCUGGCCCCGAGUACGAUCUUCCAUGGUUUAGGCUGACCCCAGAAGCUGUUAAGCUUGAUAGAGAGGAGAGUGAGGUUUAUUGGGACUGUAAGGUUGAUCUUGAACAGAGGUUGAAGAAGUUGGUAUUGAUGAGUGGUGAGAAGAGGUUGCCAUUGAAGAUAAUUCAGGGGGUGCAAUGGAAUUUGGGCUUGCCAGAUGAUUUUUUGCGAUACCCGGAAAGGAAUCUUGAUGGGCGUUUCAGAAUUGUGGAGAUGGAAGGUGGGUUGAAGGGACUGGCUGUUGAGAGUGAUGAAAGGCUUUUGUCAGUAAUGCAGAAGAAUGCGAUAAAAAGAAGUGGGUAUGGUGGGGGGCCAAUGGAGGCAAUUGCAUUUCCACUAUUUCCAUCAAAGCAUUUGAGGUUGAAGAAGAAGAUUUCAAAUUGGUUAGAUGAGUUUCAGAAGCUUCCAUAUGUCUCACCGUAUGAGGAUUAUUCAGGUUUGAAUACAGAUGGUGAUGUUGCGGAGAAACGGGUUGUGGGCAUGCUUCAUGAGUUGCUUAGCCUCUUUGUUGAGCAUGCUGCUGAGAGGAAGAAGAUUAUUUGCCUCCGCAAGUACCUCGGAUUGCCACAAAAAGUCCACAAGGCAUUUGAACGGCAUCCCUACAUGUUUUACUUAUCUCUAAGGAACAAGACCUGCACAGCGAUAUUAAAAGAAGCUUAUUGUGAAAAUUCAGCUAUAGAGGCUCAUCCUCUGUCAAGAGUACGGAAAAAGUACAUUAAUCUAAUGAAGGAAUCGGCAGUAAUUUUGAAAAAUAGGAGAGUGAAUAACAGUUCUGUUGAUCAUCAAAUUGUGCGUCCAAAGCUUGACUUGGAUUAUGUAGAGGCUUCUUUGUAACCAAGCACCAUACAACUUAAAAAACAGCCCAUCUUUUUUCACCUACCACAAGCCUUAUUUGGAGGGAAAGACUUAGAAGCCUCCAGAGAAAAGAGAAAAGAGAAAAGAGAAAAGAGUGUAGAGAGGAGAUAAAAAGAGAAGAGUGUAGAGGAAAGACUCAAGACUCAUUGAAGACAAAGAUCAAGGUAUUCUCUGUGAAGGGGUUUCUCCAUGAACGAUCAGUGUAAGUAAUUUCUUAUUUUUUGUAGAUGAGUUUGAGGUUUGGUGGAAGUAAAAAAUAGGUUUUGUACUAUGUUUUUUUGUACAAAUUGAAAUUUAGUUUGUAUGAUUUCGUUUUUCUCCAUAAAUUUUUGAUUAAGGUUUAAACAUUGUUACCCAUGUUCAAAACAUGUUGAGUUUUUGUAUUUAUAUAUGGUGUUUUUGUGAUUUGAACUAAGACGUUGAAGACAAGCAAAUACAAAAACUUGAUUUCAUAGUC